AUGUGAGCUCCCCUGGAUGCUGGUCUGCUGCAGGACACUUCUCCUGGAACUGGAUUUUUCAUGGCUCCAGCGGAGCAGCGUCUGUGUCUCCUGCUCUUGCUAACCUGCUGCUGCUCCUUGGCGGAGGCACAGUUAUUUGGCUGGCUCUGGGGGAGCCAAAACAACCCCAAGGUAACGACCCUGCCCCCCACAGAGAGCCCCGCUACGGAGGGACAGACGGCGGAACUGCUUACCUCUCCUGUGGCCACCACGACAGAGGCUGCUGUGCCAGCGACCGCGCAGCCAGGGGACCGAGUAUGGCGCACACUCUCAGUCACGAGGCAGGCUCCAGCCAUGGACACCGCUGUCCCCGCUCUGGCAUCCCCUGCCAUGCCCCAGGGCAAAGAGGAGAACCUCGCGGGAGUGGGGGCUGAGAUCCUGGACGUAGCAGAGGGCAUCAGGAGCCUGGUUCAGCUGUGGGAUCAGAGGACCGGGAACACAGGGGAGCCCACAGACGCUGCUCCUCUGACAACGCCUCACACCAGCCUGGCUGCUCUAAGCUCUGCAACGGGGCUGGCUGGCCGUGGGAACAUGACUGCCAACUUGACAGGGGAGGGCCACAGCCUGCUCGGGACCGGGGAGCCAGGGGCUUCACUUCCCAUGUCAACAAGGCCCCCACCUACCUGGAACAGGACUCAGGCGCUCUUACAGAAGCCUGCAGCGGCUCUUCCAGGUAGUGCUUCUUUCUCGUUUUCACCAGGUGGAGAUGCCCGUGGUGAGAUCUUUGCAGAGGAUCAGGAAGGUGCUGCCCUCCCACAAGCAAGGGCUGGCGGGGGAGUGGCCUCAGAAAAGAGAGGAGGAGUUUCACCGACAGCAAGUGUUCUGGACUGGUGGGAGCUGCAGACCAAUAUCAGCGUGCAUGCCGGGAUUCCAGCCCAGCUGGCAGGUUCUUUAGACAGCUGGCUAUCCCAUUAUAUUGCACAUUCAAACCAAUCGGUCUCUUAUGGGAAUAGUACCCGUCGCAGCCUUAAAAAUAACAGCAGCCAAUCAGUGCAAAGCACUGACCCUUCCAUAAUGCAUUUUGGGAUGGCAGUGGCUGAUUUAACUAGGAACCAUACUGAUGCUGUUUCUAAUAUGAAUGCAACUAAUUCUGUGGAAUUUUUUUCUGCCAAUAAUUCCGAAUCUCUUGAGUUUGAUUUACUAACCUACACUAUGCAACUUUAUAACAAUGGUAGCGCAGGGCUUGCUUCCUCCUUUCCUGGAUUGACGCUUCCAGCGGGUCGCUGCUUGCCCUUCCCAGCCGACCUGCCAUAUUGCAACAACCUGGGCAUAAGGCAUUUCAGAUUACCGAAUUAUUUCCAUCAUGGCAGUGACGUGGAAAUUCGGGCUGCUUUGCAUGAGUGGGAGGGGCUUCUGACAUCUCGGUGCCACCGCUACCUGGAAUGGUUUUUCUGCUUGCUGCUGGUCCCCGGGUGCAAUGCUUCUAUUCCGAUAACGCCCCCACCGUGCUGGGGGUUCUGUGAGGCUGUGAGAGAUCUGUGCUGGAUUCAUUUGAAAGAGGGGCGCCUCCCAAUAUCAUGUGACUCUCUCCCUGCAGAGGAUGCUGGGUAUUCUUGUGUGUUUGUAAAUGUGUCUGCAGAACAUUUCAGCACAGAAGUCAGUCUUUUGCAGCUGAUUGGAGAUCCCCCACCGGAGCAAAUAACCAAAGUCAAUGGCCCCGACAACACUGUCGCCUAUGUCUUCGGGCCGGAUGCCAACACCGGUCAAGUGGCCCGGUACCACCUGUCUAACCCCUUUUAUAGAGACUUCUCGCUCCUUUUCCAUGUUCAGCCCACCACCGACAAGGCCGGCGUGCUCUUUGCCAUCACAGAUGCCUCGCAGACGGUCAUCUAUGUCGGAGUGAAGCUCUCCGCCGUACACGACAGGAAGCAACAGAUUAUCUUCUACUACACAGAGCCGGGCUCCGAGAGCUCGUAUGCAGCUGCAACGUUCUCCGUGCCUUCCCUAGUGAACGAGUGGACUCGCUUUGCCAUCAGCGUGGAGGAUGACGAGGUGGUUCUGUACCUGAACUGUGAGGAGGUUCGCCGGGUUCGCUUUGAGCGCUCUCCGGAUGAGAUGGAACUGGAGGAUGGGGCUGGGCUCUUUGUGGCUCAGGCUGGAGGGGCUGAUCCAGAUAAAUACCAGGGGGUGAUUGCAGAUCUGAAAGUGACAGGUGAUCGCCAGGCAGCUGAUCUCCAGUGUGAGGAGCAGGACGAGGAUAGCGAUGUGGCAUCUGGAGAUUUUGGAAGUGGAGUUGAAGAAAGGCCCCAUCUAUCAGGAAGGGAACGGGGGACCCCAGCUGUGUCGCGGCUCCCGGAACCUCCCCCGGUCACUUCUCCCCCCACCGCUGGGGAGACAGUAGAGAAAGUAAGCGUGGACUCUCAGCUGCAAACUGAGCAAACCAAAGAGGAAGGACCACAGCAAAUUUCUACAGGAGCCACGGUUGGUUCAAAAGGUGAAAAAGGGGCCCCGGGAGAGAAAGGUGAACGUGGCCCAAAAGGGGACUCCGGAACCGGCGGGGUUCUAGCAGCCGGCGGCACCAAAGGCGACAAGGGAGAAAAAGGAGACCUGGGCGUUAAGGGAAGUGCAGGAUUUGGGUAUCCCGGCUCUAAGGGGCAGAAAGGGGAGCCAGGUGCCCAGGGAUCUCCCGGACCUGCUGGCCCGCCUGGGCCCCCUGGCUCUACAGUGCAGCGCCUGGACGGCUCUGUGGUGGAGCAAGUCACCGGGCCUCCAGGACCAAGAGGUCCCCCAGGGCCGCCCGGGGAAGAUGGCCUCCCUGGCAAGGACGGCGAGCCUGGUGAUCCUGGUGAAGAUGGGAAACCUGGUGACGUUGGGCCCCAGGGAUUCCCUGGAACUCCCGGAGAGCCUGGCCUCAAGGGGCAGAAGGGUGAGCCCGGAGUCGGCGCAAGAGGUCCCCCUGGACUGCCCGGACCGCCUGGGACACCAGGUCUCUCUUCCAAACAGGACAAGCUGACGUUCAUCGACAUGGAAGGCUCUGGGUUUGGAGGCGAUCUGGAAAGCUUCCGGGGCCCCCGAGGCCCACCAGGACCCCCCGGGCCUCCUGGGGUGCCUGGCCUGCCAGGAGAGCCAGGAAGAUUUGGGAUGAACAGCACUGAGCUGCCAGGACCCCCCGGCCUCCCCGGCCUGCCAGGCAGAGAUGGUGUCCCCGGAGCCCAAGGCCCACCAGGUCCUCCGGGUUCUCCAGGAAAAAGUGGGUUGGCCGGCCAGCCUGGGCUUCGAGGAGAACGGGGGGACCCAGGAGACCUAGGCCUCCCCGGAGCUCCUGGACCCAAGGGCAGUAAGGGCGAGAUGGGGCUGGCCGGAGCCCCAGGGGAAAUCGGGCUGGCAGGCCUUCCUGGACCAAUGGGACCACGAGGACCACCAGGUCCCCCAGGCCCUGCUGGACCUCCUGGGCCAGGCUACGAGGCCGGAUUUGGAGACAUGGAAGGCUCGGGGAUGCCGUUCCUUUCUGCCGUUCCUGGAGAGCGUGGUCCCGAAGGGCCACAGGGGCCACCGGGACUCCCCGGACUCAAGGGGGACGCUGGCAGCCCUGGGCUGCCUGGCUUGCCAGGACAAAAGGGGGACCACGGUGCUCCGGGUGUGGAUGGGCGCCCAGGGCUGGAAGGUUUCCCAGGACCUCAGGGACCCAAGGGUGACAAGGGCAGUCAGGGGGCUAAAGGUGAACGAGGCCAAGAUGGAGUGGGCUCCCCAGGUCCCCCCGGGCUCCCUGGACCCCCGGGGCAGGUCACCUAUGAGUUGGGUGAAGAGAGAGCAUUAGCUAGUUUGCCAGGCCCUGAGGGCAGAGAAGGCCAUGCUGGCUUCCCGGGCCCAGUGGGACCUAAAGGAGACCCGGGAGACCCAGGUUUCCCAGGCACUCCAGGACCAAAGGGUGAGAAAGGAGAGCCUGGAGCGAUCAUCGGCCCAGAUGGGACGGGCAUCUCAGCUGGCACGAAAGGAGACAAGGGUGAGCAGGGGCUGGUGGGACCCAUGGGCCCAGCAGGCCCGCAUGGGCGACCUGGACAGAAGGGGGAAAUCGGCUUUCCUGGCAGACCGGGUCGUCCCAGCAUGAAUGGGCUGAAGGGCGAGAAAGGGGACCCCGGAGGGCUUGGCUUGCAGGGUCCUCCGGGUCCCCCAGGUCCCCCAGGCGCCCCUGGCAGUGUAGUGUCCGUCUACGACAAUAACGCAUUUAGUGAGUCAGGCCCUCCCGGCCCUCCAGGAUUGCCUGGCUACCAGGGUGCCCCAGGACAAAAGGGUGAACGAGGCGAGACAGGCACCCCCGGGCCCCCAGGCCAGUUCCCCUAUGAUCUCAACGAAUUUGGUUCCACCUUCCGGGGUGAAAAAGGAGAUCGGGGGGACCCUGGACUGAAAGGAGAGAAGGGGGAGCCCGGCGAGGGAGGACUGUAUGGAUCAAGCGUCUCUGGACCUCCAGGUCCUCAGGGUUAUCCUGGCCUUCCGGGUCCCAAGGGGGACAGCAUUAGAGGCCUGCCUGGGCCCCCAGGGCCUCAGGGACCCCCUGGCAUUGGGUACGAGGGGCGGCAAGGUCCCCCUGGGCCUCCUGGGCCUCCCGGGCCCCCCUCCUUUCCAGGACCCAACAGACAAACUGUCAGCAUCCCUGGCCCACCUGGGCCGCCAGGGCCACCGGGACCUCCAGGGACCAGCGGGUCGUUGACCUCUUCCGGGCUGCGGAUCCUGCCAGCAUAUCAGUCCAUGCUGAGCACGGCUCAGGAGGUGCCCGAGGGCUGGCUGAUCUUCGUACAGGACAGAGAAGAGCUGUACGUCCGGGUGCGGAGCGGCUUCCGGAGAGUCCGUCUGGAGGAACACACUUCCAUCUCCAGCCCCGGGCUGGACAACGAAGUGUACGACAAGCCGCCAAGUGUCCACUACUCGCAUGGCGGCACUGCCUCCUCCGGCUUCCUGCACCCGCGCCGAGAGCACAACCCCUCCUCCACAGCCCGGCCCUGGCGAGCGGACGACAGCAUCGCCAACCACCACCGCCUCCCCGACCACUCGCCCCACGGCGCCCAGCCCCAGCAAGAGCCAUUGGACAGCUUCUCCCCAAAUCGCCGGGGGGAGAGCACCCCCUCUGCCAUUCACAGGCACCCUGACUUCCAACCCGCCCUCCACCUGGUGGCGCUGAAUGCCCCGCUGAGCGGCAGCAUGCGUGGCAUCCGUGGAGCUGACUUCCAGUGCUUCCAGCAGGCCCGGGCAGUCGGGCUGACGGGCACGUUCCGAGCCUUCCUGUCCUCCCGGCUGCAAGACCUGUACAGCAUUGUGCGCAGGGCCGACCGGAGCGGAGUGCCCAUCGUCAACCUCCAGGAUGAAGUGCUGUUUAACAACUGGGAGGCGCUGUUCUCGGGCACAGAGGCUCAGUUCCGAGCUGGUGUUCGCAUCCUCUCGUUUGACGGAAGAGAUGUCCUGAGAGACUCUGCGUGGCCUCAGAAGAAUGUCUGGCACGGCUCUGACGCCAAGGGCCACCGGCUCACAGAGAGCUACUGCGAGACAUGGAGGACGGACGAUGGCGUGGUGACGGGCCAAGCCUCCUCGCUGGCCUCGGGCAAGCUCCUGGAGCAGAAGGUGAGCAGCUGCCAGAACACCUUCAUCGUCCUGUGUAUUGAGAACAGCUUCAUGACCUCUUCCAAAAAGUGACCUGCCCCCGCCCGCGCCUCGGCGCACAGAGAGGAGGGACCCCAACGGGGCAGCCGCUUCCCCCUUCACACAGCCAUUCCCAGAGAAGCAGAUGAAAAGCCAAAGAGUGUUGAGUUAGUUUGAAACGCCAGCCCGGUGCUGGCCGGCAUCUGGAGGGCUGAGCCGGCUGGCUGUACUGGCCAUCUCCUCGUCUCCGGUGUACACGCAGUGGGUCUUUCUCUUUUAAUCCCCCUCAUAUUUAACCAGGUUAGUUGUAUGCUUGGGUGAACUCUCCUUGGUUCCCUGUUUUCCCCCUUGCUAGGACAGUCAUCACAGGGAGGGCCCCGUGGUCCCCAGGCGGGGUGCCGGAGCAUGAGAUGCUCUUUGCUGAGACGGGGAGGCCCAGCGGGAGAGCUGGCUGCACGGCCAGUCCUUGUGCUGUGGGGUGGGUGACGGCCCCAGCUCCGCUCUACUGCUCGGUCUGUGACGUCCCAGAGCUUGCUGUCUGUCGCUGUCUGUGCACCCUGCAGGGGCUCAGCUGGGUGAAAGGCCCUGAGUCUCUAGCUGAGUCCCUGUCUGCAGGUUGGCUUCCCCCUCAGCUUGGUCUGAUAGCCCCUGGCUUCGCCUCCCUUCCUCCAUCUGCUCCAUGGGAGCUGGAGUGGGACCAGGCCCCCAGCCUCAGGUGCCUCUCAGCUGGCAGUGGGGUUCCUGCUGGUGGAGCCCUGCUUCCCACAGUGGGUGGUGAGAAGUGGGUUCCCCCCAUGGCAUGGGUAAGCUGUUGGGGGAGUACUUCAGGAGCUGCCGGGCGAGGGGGGGCUGUCCUUUGAAAGCAGAGUCAUUUCCUUGUUGGAAGAACCAAACGGGUUAGUUAUAAGAGGAAAGUCAAAUGGAGGCCAAAUCCCCGCCCCAACGGUUCUGUGCAGUGCCUUCCCCAUUGCAGGACACUGGCUAGCUGAGGGGGGGUGCCCUCCCCACACCUCCCCUGGCUAGCCCAGCCAUCCACACCAAACCCUGGCCAACAUGUGCCUUACUCUGGUUAGGGACAAAGGAGAGCAAUGCAUGCGCUGAUGAGGGGAAUGAAUGUCCUCUCCUUUGCUUGGGGGUGGGGGGAAGGGGCAUUUCCUUGAGUACCAGAGGGCAGAUUAAAAAGUACCUGUUCUAGCAAUACUGGGUGUCAGGGCCAGGAGGUUUUGUGACCUCCAUGAGCAUUAUGGGGUGGAGACGCUUCUUUGCUGCCAUAAAACCUGACUUCCAGAGGGAGCCCAGCCCAUGACAGGCAAGUUUGAAUGUUAGGAGAACGCCUGGGUGUGGGAUUUAAGGUCCCAUACUGCAGCUGAGCAUCAGCUCCAGGAGAACGUCCCGCCUCAAAGCCAGAAGCCUUCCACACACUUCUAUGCUCCUCGUGUACCAUACUUGGGAAGCACUAAUGUUGAAAGGAUUUUUCAAUCAGUUUUGAAAAUGAGGUGCUACAUUUUUAACUAGCUUCUUAUUGUACUGAAAUUACCAUAAAGGCUGUGCAAGUCACACAAUUCCUGUUUCUUCUUGUCUACUGUAUUUGUGUAAUUAAUGCAAUUUAAAGCCUGUGGAUUUUUGUGUUUUUGUCAGUUGUGUUCUUUAAACCGUUUUCUAAAGGCACUGAAUAAAGGAAAGUCUCCUCUUGUA